AUGCGGAAACUAGCAGGAACUAGCUGGGGAGCAAAUGAGACAAUCCUCAAGAGAGUAUAUCAAGGAACUGUACGGCCGCAUCUUGAAUACGGCUCAUCAGCCUGGUCAACCACUGCAAAGACCAACCAGCAAGCUUUAGACAAGGUUCAAAACCAAGCUCUGCGAAUCAUAACGGGAUCCAUGAAGUCUACACCCAUUAAAGACAUGGAAAAAACUGCAGCAAUACAACCCCUUGGUGAGAGGAGAGAUGCCAAGAUCAUGAUCCAGGCAGAGAAAUUCAGGUACCUGCCCAAUCAUCCAAUGAAACAAAGAAUGGAUGGUCUGACAAAGAAUCGUCUCAAACGUAGCAGUUUCAUCCACCAAAGCAGAAGACUUACUAGAGAACACCAAGCUAACCCGUUACCAAAGACACUUCCAUUUUGCCCAACAGAUCUUCCACAACCAUGGAAUGAUGAACAAGCCAAUCUACAGAUCAGCAUGUCUGUCCCACAGUUGGCUUCAGCAGACUCCCAAAACGACCUGGUCAAACGGUCACUGGCAUGGCUAUGA